AUGCCUUACAAGACCACUCGACUUUAUUCUCAGGGCAAGGAUUCUGAUAUCAAAAGCGGUAUACAUUUAACGCAGACACCUGCGGUGGAGCAAAUAAACACUCAACACCAGGCAGGAUCAGAGGUCCCGGAAAAAGCAACAUUAGAAACCACGGACUACCCACCAAAGGAAGAGCUGACCCCACUCGCUAAACAUAUCAGAGACUCCAUCAAGAUUCAAGGUCCCAUGUCUGUAGCGCACUUUAUGAGACAGGUGCUGGUUAACCCAUUGAGUGGAUACUACAUGCAAGGAGACGUGUUUGGAACCCAAGGAGACUUUAUCACCUCGCCAGAGAUCAGUCAAAUGUUUGGAGAGCUUCUAGGAAUUUGGUUCUUGGUACAAUGGCAAAACAUUGGGAAGCCAUCGCGUGUGCAGAUCGCAGAACUCGGUCCUGGACGAGGGACUCUGAUGAUGGACAUGUUGCGGGUUGCAUCCCGGUUCAAGGAAUUCAGAAAGGCCAUUACGGGAGUCCAUCUGAUCGAGGCCAGUCCAGGGCUCCGGAAAGUGCAACGGGAGACACUUUGUGGCAUCCCUGUCUCAGAGGAACAAGUCAGUGGUGGGAGCAGGGAAGGAAUUACAUCCGCUCUCAGACAGGACGGCCUCCAGAUCGCCUGGCACGAUAUCUUUGAGGAUCUCCCAGCGGAAUGUUCGAUGAUUGUUGCACACGAGUUUUUUGACGCGCUUCCAAUCUACAAGUUUGAAAAGACCGAGGAAGGCUGGCGUGAACUGGUAGUCGAUCUGGAGGAGGAUCCAGCAAGUCCCUACCAUCUUCGAUUCGUCCUCGCACCAGGACCUACGCAGGCAUCAAAGGCAUUUGCAGAGCAUCCAGCCUAUGACCACUUCAAACCGGGUGACAGGAUUGAGGUCUCUCCAGAUUCGUUCAGGGUCGCACAUGACAUGGCGAAGCACAUUAACAAGAACGGAGGAUCGGCCUUGAUUGUGGAUUACGGAAAGGAUCAUAUCCAAGGAGAUACGUUACGUGGAAUCAUCAAGCACAAAUUUACACAUGUGCUCACUCGCCCCGGAAAUGUUGAUCUCAGUGCAGAUGUCGACUUUCAGUACCUGAAGCAGGCAACAGAAGACCUUGUCGACUGUCACGGAUCUGUCACCCAGGCACAUUUGCUCCACUCGCUCGGCAUCGGUGCUCGUCUUGAUAUGCUUCUUGCCAAGGCCACUGCUCAUCGCCGCGAGACCCUGAUUAGCUCAUACCAUCGACUAGUUGAUCCUAAGGAGAUGGGAAAUGUCUACAGAGCUAUGGCCAUGACCCCACUGGGAUCCUCAACACCCAUCGCUUUUGAAAAGCAACAAGCAUCACAGUCUGCCGCACCAUCCACACCAUCUAAGCUGUAA